AUCCCACGUUAACGUUACGUUAGUUGUUGCUACUUUUUUCUAUGAUCAUCAAAAGCAACCCACACACUCACAAACAAACAGAUUCCAUUCAACUCUUCUCGCAUUUGUUGGAGCGCCAAAACAAAACCCUAACGUAUUAAGAGAAAAAUAAACACUAGAAGCAAAAAUAGAGAGAGAGAAAUAGGAGCGGUCAACCAAAAAAUACCUCAUUUCAUUUUCACACACGCUCUCCACUGUGUCAUCUGUCAGAUCUGCUUCUGCCCUCUCUUUUUCUUCUCACAAAGCCAUGAUUUUUACACGAUAAACAGGUUUUUGAGACCGAAUCCUGAACUGGGUAUGUUUCUAGUGUAAAUGGGCGUGUGUCAUUGAACAAGAAGGGGAAGAUGUCGGAAAUGCGGGUUUCUGAGCUUCACUUGAAGAAGGAACUCACCCAAAUCCGCAAGGCUGCUCGAGUUCUCAGAGAUCCUGGCACCACUUCUUCUUGGAAGUCACCACUCAGUUCCUCAAGAUCCGUCGCUGCAUGGAACAAGGACACUGGAAGCAGAAGGUUCACCAACAACGCCAAUGACAAAGAGAAGGAGAAGAGGGUCUUCUUGUACAAUUGGAAGAACUAUAAAUCUUCCAGCGAGAAACACAACGAGGAAGAAGAAGAAGAAGAAGAUGAUGAUGAUGAUGAUGACGGUGAUGGGGGUGGAUCUUCUUCGCUUCUUGGAGAUAGAGACAGAGACAGUUUAAGUGAUGCUCGCAAUGGUUGUGACUCAAAGAGUGAUACUUUCUUGGCGGUUGGUGGAAGUGGAACUCGUUCUUCCAUUUUCCGAUGUGGGGAUGCCAAUCUUGUUUCCAGAAGAACAGUCCCCGAUAAGAAAAAGAGUAAGAAAAGUAACCCUCAUUUUGAUUUUUUAGCAAAGUAUCAGCACCGUAGAGAAACCAAUCCAGGGAGAAAUUUUGUGAGUUCUUCCAAGGCAUUGCUAGAGGGGUCUUUUUUCAGCAGGGAUGACUCGGUUGAACAUGAACACUCUGAUGAUGACACUAAUUCUGAGGGUGUGAGGCCAAUUUCAGGGACUUCUCCUUUGCUUCUCAAGCUUAGGCGGAAGAAUUGGUCUCGCUCUUCCUCUAAGUUUUUGAGAAGAAGUCGAAAAGAGGACUCUUCUUAUUCCUAUAGCACCCCUGCAUUGUCAACUAGUUCUUACAAUAGGUAUGGUCGCCGUUAUCCCAGCACUCUUGGAUCCUGGGAUGGCACCACCACUUCGGUGAAUGAUGGCGACUGCGACGAUGAGAUUGAUGAUCAUUUGGAUUUGCCUGGCCGCCAAGGAUGUGGAAUUCCUUGCUAUUGGUCCAAGAGGACUCCUAAACAUAGAGGGAUGUGUGGGAGUUGUUAUUCCCCCUCACUCUCCGACACUUUAAGGAGGAAAGGGAGUAGCAUGCUCUGUGGAAGUCAAACUAUUUAUCCGAGACACCGGAGAUCUGUUUCGGCCUCGCACAAGAGGAGACUUUCUUUGAGAAGUGCUCGAGGUGUUAUUCCAUUGCUUACUAAUAGUGGUGAUGUUAGAGAAGGGUCGUCUGUGGGAACUGGUAGGAGUGAUGAUGAACUUUCCACGAACUUUGGGGAGCUUGAUCUCGAGGGCUUGAGCCGAUUGGAUGGAAGAAGGUGGUCAUCAAGUUGUAGGAGUCAAGAGGGAUUGGAGAUUGUCGCUUUCAAUGGGGAAGGGGAAGAUGAAGGCACGCCAGAAAAUAGUAGGAGUUUCAGCCAGAAGUAUAGGCCUAUGUUCUUUGGUGAACUGAUUGGGCAGAAUAUUGUGGUUCAGUCACUUAUCAAUGCCGUUUCGAGGGGACGGGUUGCUCCUGUCUAUCUUUUUCAGGGACCCCGUGGGACUGGCAAAACAUCAACUGCUAGGAUAUUUGCAGCUGCCUUGAAUUGUGCAAGUCCUGAUGAGAGUAAGCCUUGUGGCUACUGCAGGGAAUGUGCUGAUUUCUUUUCUGGUAAGAGCAGUGAUCUACUGGAAGUUGAUGGAACCAAUAAGAGAGGAAUUGAUAAAGCUAGAUAUCUACUGAAAAGAUUGUCAAUGGGGUCAUCAUCAGUCUCCUCGCAAUAUACAGUUUUUGUUAUUGAUGAGUGUCACUUGUUGCCCUCCAAGACAUGGCUGGGAUUUCUAAAGUUUCUGGAAGAACCACCUCAGCGAGUUGUAUUCAUAUUUAUAACAUCGGAUCUUGACAAUGUGCCACGAACAAUACAAUCUCGAUGCCAGAAGUACCUUUUUAAUAAAAUCAAAGAUGGGGAUAUUGUGACCAGGUUGAGGAAAAUGUCUACCCAGGAGAACCUUGAUGUUGAAACAGAUGCACUGGAACUCAUUGCUAUGAAUGCAGAUGGUUCACUUCGAGAUGCAGAAACAAUGUUAGAACAGCUUAGUUUGCUGGGGAAAAGAAUUACCACUUCUCUUGUAAAUGAACUUGUGGGAGUUGUUUCAGAUGAAAAAUUAUUGGAACUUUUGGAGUUAGCAAUGUCAUCUGAUACUGUAGAGACAGUGAAAAGAGCCAGAGAAUUGAUGGAUUCUGGAGUUGAUCCAAUGGUUUUGAUGUCUCAACUAGCCGGCCUUAUUAUGGACAUCAUCGCUGGAUCAUAUGCUGUCAUUGACACCAAACCUGAUGAUGAUUCAUUCUUAGGUGGACGUAGUUUGAAUGAAUCGGAGUUGGAGAGGUUAAAGAAUGCUUUGAAGCUUCUCUCAGAGGCCGAAAAACAGUUGAGGACAUCCAGUGAACGCUCUACAUGGUUCACAGCUACUCUAUUGCAGCUUGGUUCUACACCUUCUCCAGAUCUUACUCAGUCAAGCAGCAGUAGGAGGCAGAGCUGCAAGACAACUGAAGAUGAUCCAUCAAGUGUUUCAAGAGAUGUUACCUCUAAUACGCACAAGUCAGACUCUCAAUAUGUGCCUCGAAAGUCAACAUUCAAUGCAUCCCAGCAAAAAGCAGUAAAUGAUAAUUCCCACCAUCAAAAGGAUAUAUCCUCUAAGACUGGUGGUGUCAGCUUGAAAUCAAAGCCAUCAAACAGCCCGAUCUUAGAUGAUGGCUCUACAGUGGUCUCAUCUGAUGAUUUUAUGGUUGGGAAUACAAUGUUUAGGUGCAUAGAUUCAGGGAAGUUAUGUGACAUCUGGGUGCAUUGUAUCGGGAAGUGUCACUCUAAGACAUUGAAGCAGCUGCUACACAUUCAUGGAAAGCUUGUGUCAGUAUGCGAAGUAGAAGGUGUUUUGGUAGCAUAUGUUGCUUUUGGAGAUGCAGAUAUUAAAGUUAGGGCUGAGAGGUUUUUAAGAAGCAUUACAGACUCGAUGGAAAAGGUUCUUAGGCGCAAUGUGGAAGUCAGAAUAAUCCACUUGCCAGAUGGUGAAGGUGAAAUUCAGGUUAAUCUACUGGGUCUAAAGCAGGCAGAGUCAGCAAUGGCUAGUGAGAAGGAACAGAGACAAGGUCAUAUGAAUGGAACGGAGUCUUAUUCUAGUUUGCCUCCUUUACUGGAUGGAAACCUUCAAUCUACCACUGCUUCAUCAGAUAUUCUGGCUGAAGGAAAUGGUGUGAGAGAGAGGAGACAAGAUAAUCCAAUGCAGAGAAUUGAAUCCAUCAUUCGUGAGCAGAGGCUGGAAACUGCCUGGUUACAGGCUGUAGAAAAGGGUUCCCCUGGAUCAUUGAGUCGUUUGAGACCGGAGAAGAAUCAAGUACUGCCACAGAAUGGUGUGGACUCAAUAGAAUCCAUGGAUUCAACAAGAUUUUGCUCUCACCAGCAUUGGGAAGAAGACUCAAAUAAUGAAGUUAAAGUUUUGAGCCUUAUAAAUGGAAGGGUUCCACAGAAGGAUCAGAUUGGUAGAAAAGCUGAUCGAUAUCCCAUGUCUCCAAGUUUAUUGCAUGACAACAGUUUAGCAUCAAUUUCUGGAAAAGACAAUCUGGGAUAUGAAUCAGGGUCGGGAGCUGGUGGUUGUGGAUUUUUAUGUUGGAAUAAGUCCAAGCCUAGAAGGGUAAUAAAGGUAAAAGGUGGCACCCCGGUUAGAGCGCGUAGAGUUGGAAGUUUUACAUUGUUUCGUGACUGCGGUAAGCAAAAAAGGGAGCGGAGAAGAUAAGGAAAGUUUGAGUUGGGGAUAUAUAUUUUCUCUUCUUUACCUUUUUUCUUUUUCUUUGAGCGAUUCUUGAAGGGUGCGAGCGUGAAAUGUGAAUUUUAUGUGGUUCAGCAGUUUCAGCUUGUGUUUCUUUUGCUCCAUCCUUUAUUCAAAGAACUAAUAAAGAGGAAUAUUGAAACAUUUUUAGAUUCCUUUCUUUCUACAAAAUCGUAUUUACUUUUGCAAUUCUUGGCA